AUGCGUGUGCUCUUGAACAUCACAUCACAUGUAAAGGGAACUCGCUGACUGAUUUCAGUAACCACAGACCUGCAAAGAAAAGGAUGAAGAAAGCGAAGGCAGUGAGGGGGAAAGAACGAAGCGAAGGCUGUAGCGGAGUGUGGCUUUGAUGACGUGAAGUGCUGCUGCUCACACAUCUGGAACAGCUUGUGCAUCUGCACCUGAGGAAAAGGGCUCCUCAAAAAAAAGAGGAAAAAUCAUCUGCCGGCACUUUUCUCAUUCUUGCUCAGUUUUUUCCCUAUUUUCUGUGGCAGUCCGGCAUUCUUUUCCUCUCUGGUUCCCGCAUGCCGGAGCACCGGGAUGGUUUCCUGCUGUGUGACAGCAAUGAAGAGCAUGUAAGCCAAUGCAAAAGACAAGAAGACAGACAAGAGGAAAGGAGGACAAAAACAAUGGAGGGAUUUGUUAAUCGCGAGGUAGGAAAGAGUUUACAACCUUGUUAUGAUAGUUGGUGAAGAGGAGGAGCAGGCAAAGAGAUUUGCAAAGAAAAAGGAAGGCUAGUGGAGAAGAGUGUGGAAAAACUGAGAUAGAAGAGGGAUUAAGAGGCAGAAUGCGCUGACAAUACGGACCAGAGUUUCUGUUUUCAGUUGGGAUCUCCGUCUGUCACUUUAUCCACUGAUAAAGCUUUUUACAGAGACACAUGCUCACUGUUUGCUUGGAGGAUGAUCCCAGGAGGUCAUGCCAGAAGAACAAACCUUGCAAGCAGCUAUUAGCCAGCUACCUCCCAGCUUGAUUCCCCUGAGAUCCCUCCCCUCUUCCUUUUGACCCUCUCAACUUACCUGCUCCUGCCACAACACGCUGCAACUCAAAAGCCACGAGUUACACUUGCUGAAGAACCCCCUGAGUGCCCAUGGGACACAGCUGCAAUCAUCCUGGCUAAGACAGAACAAGGAGCUUUCACCAAAGGAUGUCCAAAGCCUCCAGGCUGGCCCGGCCCUCCUCAGCAGGGCCAGGAUCCAAGCUGCCCUCGCCCAGGAAGGAAUUCCCCGGCACAGCAAACGUCACCGCCAAAGCUCGGCUGCUUGGCGUCGGGGAGAAGCUCAUGAGAGCAGGCAAUGAUGGUGUCCUGAACAGGCAGAAAGCCUCGGCAGAAACUGUGCGACAGGAGAAAGAACACUGUGAGAGCCAAGCUGCCAGCCAGAGCCAAAAGGUGAGGAUGGUCACUCCUAAGACUAUGGUCAGCUCACCCAAAGCCUCAAGCAACCAGCAAGUCUACAGUCAGAAACAAACCAAAAGCAACUUGAAGGUGACCUCCCCAGAGGAUGCUGAGCACGUAAGCCGCAGACAGGCCUCCCCAAAUGGGACGCCCCCAUCAAAGGGGGACGCCAAAGGAAGCCGUGCUGUCCCUCGAAGGCACACAUUAGGAGGGGCCCGCAGCUCCCAGGAGAUUCUGGCUAUGCAGCCAUCAGAUAUGGACAAGAAGAGGGAGGCCUUCCUGGAGCACCUGAAGCACAAAUACCCCCAUCAUGCAUCAGCGAUCAUGGGUCACCAGGAGAGGUUGAGGGAUCAGUCUCUGCAGGUCAUGCUCGCCUCCCUUCACUCUGAGCUUGACAUUCAGACGUAUUUGAUGAAAAUCCAAUUGCCCCACAGAAGCAGAAGCCCAAAACACGGCGCCAGCCCUCAGCCCAGUGUCGGUGACCAGGUUGACCAUCUAUCUUUGGCCUCCCUAGAAUCUUUGGACACCAUGUCUGAGGCAGAGGCGCCCACGGCGUUCACCCGCGGGAGCCGGGUUCGUGCCAGUCUGCCUGUUGUGCGCUCGACAAACCAGACGAAGGACCGCUCGCUAGGUGUUCUGUACCUGCAGUACGGGGAUGAGACCAAACAGAUCCGCAUGCCGAAUGAGAUCACCAGCAUCGACACAAUCAGAGCUUUGUUCGUCAGUGCCUUCCCACAGCAACUCACCAUGAAGAUGUUGGAGUCGCCCAGCGUUGCAGUUUACGUCAAAGACGACAUGCGGAACAUGUACUACGAACUAGCAGAUGUCAGGAACAUCGCCGCUCACUCCUGCCUGAAGGUGUACCACAAAGACCCAGCUCAGGCGUUCAGCCACGGACCCCGACCUGCCAACGGCGAUGCUCGGAUGCUUGGUGAGAUGGCGCACCCUGGCCGUGAGGGUCAGCACCCUCUUAGACACCCACCGAUGGGUCCCCCACCACACCACCCGAUGCAAGGACCACUCCCUCCUUCUUCCCACCCAAUGCCCCCGUCACCGUCCAGAAUCCCAUUUGGAUCACGACAGGGUUCUCUACCCGGGAGUUCUACUGUUCCCAGGGAACGGAUCUCUAAUGCCAACCCAACAACGCGAUCCAUCUCUCCCUGCCCCAGCGCUAUUCUUGAGAGACGGGAUGUCAAACCAGAUGAAGGAAUGGCUGGAAAGAGCCACAGUUUAAGCAGGGGGAAUGAGGGCUUGUAUGCUGAUCCAUAUAUGCUCCAAGAGGGACGGAUCGGCAUGGUCGCUGCACCCGGUUCUCAUCCCUGUCCUGGGCUUGAUGGACCAGAGCAUGGCAUGGCAGGUUUCCACCGGGCGUCCAUCCGCUCCACAGGCUCUUAUGGUGGGCCCAGCCCCACGGACACUAUAGAUCACCCUUCUCUGUUCAGACAGAAGUCUAGAAACAGCCAGCUUCCCACAUUGGGUUCCAAGACUCCUCCUCCAUCGCCUCACCGGAUGACUGAGGUACGGAUGGUUGACAUCCACAGUGGGCCUCCACAUGGUGUACCACCACAUGGUGUACCACCACAUGGCAUUCCCAUGGAGAGAAGCUCCCCAGUGCGCCAGUCCUUCAGGAAGGAUGACGUUUCAGGAACUAAGCCCAGAAACAACAUGGGACCACCUGUGGUUCCAGAUCUCCAGGGUCAAACCCUGGGAGCCAUUCCAGCUCCAAGUGAGGAUCUGACACGAGAGCGAAUGAAGGCUAUGGAGCAACAGAUUGCCAGCUUGACUGGCCUUGUUCAGCAUGCACUUUUAAAGGGCCCAAACAGUAGUGGCACCAAGGAGCCUGCAAGUGAAAGACCAACAAAGGCUCCAUCUCCAGCCGGCAGUGCUCCCAGCUCAGGUGGUUCCCCAGACUUGGCUCCUAAACGCAACAAACCCUCAUCAGACAAGAGCUCUGCUCCUCUUAAAGUCAACCUCCUGCAGUUCAGGAGGAAUGUCUCUGACCUCAGGAUGCAACUUUAUCAGAUGCGACAGCUGCAGCUCCAGAACCAGGAGACCGUGCGGGUACAGCUGAAGAGAACGGAACAAGAGAUAAGUGUCAAAUUCACCGAGGCCAUGCGGCGUCUGGAAGACCCUAUUCAGAGACAGAGAUCUCUGGUGGAAGAGGACAGGCACAAGUACUUAGGCCUGGAGGAGCAUGUUCUCACUCAGCUUAAUGAGCUGGAGCAGUACGUAGGUUCCCUGCAGAAAGACUCAGCAACUGCCCAGAAAGUGGUGACCCUUAAGGACGUAGAGGAAGGAGCCAUAACGCUGAGGAAGGUGGGGGAAUCUUUGGCAGGGCUUAAAGGAGAAUUCCCAGGCCUGCAAACCAGAAUGAGGGCUGUGCUCAGGGUGGAGGUGGAGGCUGUGAAGUUCUUAAAGGAGGAGCCCCACAAACUGGACAGCAUGUUAAAACGAGUCAAGACUUUGACUGACACACUCAGCAAUAUGAGAAGAUGUUCAACUGAGUUUUCCCAGAGAGGACGCGAUUGUUCUACAAACGUCCCCGUGGCUAACAGCCCUGCAACAGCAGACUGCCCUGCAGAAGCUCUCCCAGCACCAGUCCAGGCUGGGUUAACCCCUGCAGCCCCGCCAGAACCCCAGAGCUCCACCGUGAAGUCUGAGGUGAUGCCUUCCUCCCCAGUGGUCAUUCAUCAUGUUCAGAGCUCCCCAGUCCUUAUGCAGCAGUCCCAGCAAUCUGCAGCUUUGAUGACUCAGGCCAGCCCUCCACCCACCCCCAGCCACACUGUCAUCUCCAGCCCCAGCCUGAGCAAGACUCAAGGUCGGGAGUCUCCCAAAGGAGCCGCCUCAAACCCACAGAGUCCUGCUCGUCAUAAGAAGACUCCUGUGAAUGGUGGCAACGGAACAGCUCAUCAGGAUCUUGUUAUUGAGGAGCUCCAGAACAAUAAGGAGAGAAGUAAAAACAGAACUGUGUCCAUUGAGGCAGCAGAGAAAGAAUGGGAAGAAAAAAGACAGAACAUGGGUCAUUACGAUGGGAAGGAGUUUGAGAAGAUCCUUCAGGAGGCCCAAGCCAAUAUGAUGAAGGGAAUUCCCAACCUAGAGACUGAUGAGAGCCAACUGCUGCCACCCGCUGCUGCUGUAGGACAAGGAGACGUUCGUAAUCCACCUGAGUCCCCAUCAGAACCAGAAUCAGGGUCUCCCUCUGACAAUCCAGCCAAGAAGGGGCCCGAGAAACCUCCCAAACCUCCAAUGGAAAAACCCACCAAGCUAUCAAUGGAGAGACCUUCCAAAACUGCCACGAAGCCAGCAGCUGCUGACGGUUUGACAAAGCAGGGGUCGGAUAAGCCCAACAAGUCCCCGCCCCCACCUCCUCCGAGAAAAACCUACUCAGCCUCCAAUUCAGGAAUGACUACAACUCGCUCUGGAGAGGUGGUGUUCACUGCCAGAAAGGAGAGCGUGUCAGCUCAGGAGGAUGAGGAAGAUGCUUCACCUUCCUCACCCCAUCUGAAGCCUACCAAGGUCCCACCAGAGAGCAAGUCAAAGCCUGCCACGCCUCCCCCUGUUACUGCUGCUGUAACCAUGGAGGAAGAGGAUGAAGGCCAUAAAAUCAUGGCGGAACUACAGGUUUUCCAGAAGUGUACAAUUAAGGAAGUAGGGGGGAAAAAUUUGGUAGAACCCACCCCUCGAAUUGAGCCCCAAAUCAAAGAGUUAAGACCUGGGGCUUUGUUACCCCUCAAAGAGAAAAAGAGCUCAGAGCCCAGUCGAGAGGAUAAAGAUCCCAGCACAGAUGAAAACGGGAACACUACUGUGCGACAGAGCCCUGGGGUAAUAUAUUAUGUGACUGGCCAGAUUACCAAAGAUCAACCAUCACCUUCGGGAUUGGAAGACACAUCAGAACACAGGGAGCCUCCAACACAGGUGUCAAAUGUCAAUGCUAAUGACAUUUCUCCAAGCCAGCAACAGCAGCUGCCGCCAUUGUCUCCACCACCUAAAUCACCUUCUGCUCUUACACCUCCACCUAUAUCCCCAAAACCUACGGGACUUAAUGGAUUCAAACCGCCAAUGAAGCAGGUUAAACACCCAGAACCCUCCAAGAAAAGUGCUGAAAUGAAAAAGGGAGAGGUUCUCAACAAAGUGAACACAGAAAAGAAAAGCAAAAUGGCUCAGGAUCAAGUUUCUUCAAGUAAAAACAUCAUGUCUGAGCAGGAUUCAUCCACAACAAGAGUUAAUAAAGUGCCACCUAAAUAUUCUGCUCCACCACCACCCAAGAAAAGCUCCAGUCAGGGCAAAAAACAGCUUAAAUGUAUUUUAGAUGAAGGCGAAGAAGGGGCAAGUCUUAGUCCUGAUUUACCUGCAGAAGAAGCACCUCCACCCCCAUAUAAUUUUGCUUUAAUGAUCACAAACACUAAAGUUCAAUCCCUGUCUAGUGGUGAAUACCAGGAACUAGUGAAUGCCAAGAAUGGAAGUGUCCAGACGGUAACUGUAGGCAAUGCAGUAAACAAAGAGAACUCCACGGCUAAUCCUGCUGGGUUGCAGGAUAAUGGCUCCAACAAAAAACCUGUCAUUAUCAUAUUUAAUGAACCGAUGGAUAUCCGCUCCGCUUACAAACGCUUGUCCACCAUCUUUGAAUGUGAGGAAGAGCUGGAGAGAAUGCUAGCAGAGGAGCGCAUCGACGAAGAAAGCGAGGAGUCGGAUACUGAGCAAAGGGGUGGGCUGUCGGCCAAAGCCAAGGAUACAGAUGGGGUCGAUGGCCAAAAGAUUGGUUCAGCAAAGGGAAAUACAGAUCGUUCCAGCUUAUCGUCCUCAUCCUCUUCGUCUGUCUCUGAUCUAAUAGACCAUGGAGUGAAUGGAGAGGCCAAGCAAGAUGGCAAGAAAAAAUUCAAGUUUAAGUUCCCGAAAAAACAGUUUGCAGCACUGACGCAGGCGAUCAGAACAGGCACCAAGUCAGGAAAGAAGACUCUACAGGUGGUUGUGUAUGAAGACGAAGAAGAAAUCGACGGUACGGUCAGGCAACACAAAGAGGCUAAAAGAUUUGAAAUUGCACGUUCAAAGUCGUUUGCUGAAACCUCGAGGGGAUCAGGAUCUGCCCCACAGAAAAGACAGGACUCUGAUUCACUCUGCAGGACAGACGAAAUUCGUAAAAACACCUACAAGACUCUGGACAGUUUGGAGCAGACUAUCAAGCAGCUGGAGACCACUAUUAGUGAAAUGGGACCCAAGUCCUCUAAGGAGCCAGGCAGCACUGAAGAUGCUAAGACAAGGAAUGGAAAAAACUCAGAAGGAGGUGGGCUGAAGAGGUCUUCCUCUCUCCCUGCCUCCAAAGGGCCCACUCCUAAGGUACCAAGCAAAAGUUCUUUGCAGAAGAAGUCCAAACCUCAGCUACUCCCUCGUCCCGUUGUCAGCUCUUCUUCCACCAACACCACCUCAGCCCCGAGUGUCCCUCGCAACGUGCAACAGAACACCAGUGUCGCUUCUCCUACUAGUCGGAUGCCCGUCCCUAUGUCUGCGAAGGCCAGACAGUCGCCGGGUGCGACAGACAAAGCAGGAAAGCAGCAUAAACUCCAGGACGCUCAGAGGCAGUUCCGACAGGCUAACGGAAGUGCUAAAAGAGUGGGAGGGGAUCAUAAAACUACUUCCCCCACUAUACCCAUCUCUAAAAUCCCUGCUUUUUAUCCUAGCUCUGCUAAAGGCAGCUCCCAAUCUGCACAAAACCCAGAGGCUACUAAUUCCAUUAACCAAUCUUCCUCCUCUUCCUUUACGACAAAAUCCUCCAUCUUGUCCUCUCAUACCCCUCGUUCCGGUCCCCAACCCUCCUCCCAUAUCCCCUCACUUUCUAACGGAUCCCUCAAACUCCCCACACCCUUACAGCCCACAGGUAAAGCUCUCUCGUUCUCCUCGCAGACUCAGAAUGGUCGAGUGCACUCCUCCUCCUCCUCCUCCUCCUCUUCUUCAUACUCCUCCUCCCCCUCCCCUCUGUCGCCCACACCUUUGGGCCCAGGUGGAAAGAGCAUCCGCACCAUACACACCCCCAGCUUCACCAGCUACAGAUCGCACAACGGCAGCAGCGGAAAAUCCUGCAUUCCAACAGCCACAGCAGCAAAGGACUCAAUUUAGCACCUUUGUCAUGGUCUGGCUCUACUGCACUGCAGGUAGACUUGAUCAUGUGUCAUAGAAAUGUUCUUGUUUCUCUCUCUGUUUUUAAGUUUUUAGAAAAGUAUUAAAUGAUGCACUCCUUCCACUCAUCUCUCAUCUGACUCACACAUUUUAUUUUUCAGUUCACAUUUGAAUUUUAGAUCAUGCUUGCUUGUACUUUUAAUCUCUCUUGAAGGUGUUAAAGAUAAUCUGACAAAAUAUUCUGUAGCACAACUCAAAAACCUUUCAGAUGUACCACAUUGUAGUUCAGGGUGCUUUUGCCGUAUGUAAAAAAUAUAUAUAUUUUCUUCUCAUAGAAAUGAAUAGGAAAUAUAGAAUUGAUGUACAAUCAAAAAUUCAUUGUAAAAAAUAUAUUUUAUUUUUUAAAAAAAGAGAUAGAAAAUUCAGUAUAUUUAAUCUUCUAUAUUUCUUAUGUUGCCAGACAUCUAACAGCGCUUGUAAAUGCCUUUCUUGAUUGUAUGCAAUAUGUAUACAUACAUUUUAAAAUGAAAUUCAUGACUAAUUUUAGUUUUCAGUGUGUGUAUCCUUCUUUUACAACCAUAUGAACUGCCAGUUUGCUUUAUAGAUUUACACCUUGUAUCUUGAGUGAACCAAGUUUUCAUUUAUUGUGCCUAUUUGCCAAAGUUGUGGUAUACUGACUCCCUUCAUGCCAAUCCUGCAGCUUUACAAGUCCAGGCUUGGCGUGAUGGCAGACGUUUUGGGACUAUGUUAACACUUUUUUUGUGUGGCUUUUGAUGUAAUCCGUACUUAAAACACGUUGAAUCAUUCGUUCAAACACAUGUAUAUACAAUAAAUGCUUUUAAGAAAAUAACGUAGUUUUGUAAACAUACCAAAGUUUAUUUGUAUGCAUGCCUUUCAGAUAGCAGAGUGAUGUAAAAGAACUGUUUGCACAGGUUGAUUCUGUAAAUAUUUGGUUUUCUCUCCUUAUUUUUCGUAAAGCUUUAAUAAGUGAGCAAUGUGGUAAAAGCAAAAGUGUGUUUGCAUAGUUAAUAAAGACUUGCAUGCUUC